AUGGACCCUAAGAUGAGAGAGGCUGAAGGAGAUGGAGAGGACAAUUCAGGAAAGAAAAAAUCAAAGUUCAAAUCUUUCAAAAAGUUUUUUGGUAAAAAGAAAAGGAAAGAGACGUCAUCUUCUGUGAGCAGCAGCCUGAAGCUGUGCCAGUCAACAAACGAUGUCGCGGCCUCUCAUGACACGCGCACUAGUUAUGAUUCUGAAGAUGAACUUGAGACACAUAAAGGCAUUAUGGGAAGCAGAGCUUUGUCACAUGAUAGCAUUUUCAUCCUUGAGACUGGGCAAGAGCCUGCAAGGCCAGUGAGAGUGUUUUCUCAAGAAAACAUUUCGGAUCGGAUUAGAGCUUUACAGAUGAAACUCCAGCCUACCAUGAAAUUGGGACCUCCGCCUCCAUUUGGACUUCAUGCAAAGCGAACAGAGGAUGCUGGGACCAGUUCUGAAGAUGAUGGAUUACCCAGGAGCCCUCCAGAAAUGUCUUUGCUUCAUGAAAGCCUAAGCUCAGGCAUGAGAACAAGAUUCUCUGACUCUCACAAGCACCUUAGCUCUUUGAGUUUAGCUGGAACAGGAAGUGAAGAAGAAGAACAGAUUACAUUGGGUUCUUCUAGAUCUCACUCUACAGACGGUCAGCUGUUCAUUAGGCAUGGAAGUAGCAAAGCUGGGUCUCCCCGGACAUCUGACAGUACCAUCUCCCCUACAGCCAAUUUUGACACUCCACCUGAGCUUUCUGCUUUCUUGGAUAAUUCUGCUGCUAAGCAUAAGCUUUUAAUAAAACCCCGGAACCACAGAUCCAGUAGAAUGAGAAAAUUUUCUCAGAGGACCCAGUCUGAAUCUCUGACUGAUUUGAGCUGUACCCCAGAGGAAGAAGAAGAGGAUGAUGCUGUAUUCAAACCCAGCAAUCAAGAACUGCCAUGCGGCACAGCUGCAACACAGGAUGUGGCUUUCUGGCCAAAGCCCAGAAUGCCUGAGGACCCCCCUCCUGCUUUGAGACCAGUGAUGACUCAGCCUGCUUCCGAGUCUGCUGAUGGACAGGAAACCCUGCUACCAGAGAACAAGCCAGAGGACUGCCAACCAGCACUGGAAAUUUCGUGUGAGGAGUCUGAGUCCUUAUUGCUGUCAGAAGGCAAAGACUCUGCAACUUCUUCCUAUUCCAGUUCAGACAGAGGAGUGCAAAAGCAAGAAGACUCCUCAGAAACACUGGUUCUGUUGUCUGGGGAUGGGUCAAUCAAUAUUGUAAAUCAGGAAAAUAAGGAGCUUCCUACUGUGUUUCCAUUAAAUCAAUUACCUUCUGAAGAAAAUAUUUCAAUUAGUAAGAAUAGUAUUGUUUACUUGGGAAGGUCAGAAGAAAAUAACCAGAAGGAUGAUCAGGUACAUGUGGAAAUGCCCUGUAAUAAAGAGGCAGACAAAGAGUUUACUCUAUUGUCAGAGUCCACCAAGGAGUGUUUCAUGGGUUCUUCCCAGCCCACAGACUCAUUCCAUGUUUCACAUCCUGCUUCCUCAAUGCAGAUGGGAUCGUCUACUUUCUGCUCUCUGGAGAAAAUAAAGACUGCACAGGAGGCAGCUGCUUCUGAUAAGGAGAACAAGGAGGAACAGUUGGGGAAGAAAGCUGAAAAAGCAGUCAAUGAACUCAAUGCCUUCAAAAAGUUUUCUGUUUCCUCUGCACGGGAGAGACCAAGCACCAGAAGCCUGUAUUUCCCAGAAAGAUCAGCAUUGGAAAGCCCAUUAAAUACUGGAUUCUUCCUGUCCAAAGCAAAGGUCUCCUCAAGAAAUGAGAAGUGGCAAGAUGACUUCCAGAAGGGAUCAGAUCUGGACGAGGAAAAAAGUAGCAGCAAAAAGGAGACUUUCCUGCCAGAGUCCUACUCUGAGAACCCAGGCCAACCUACCGAAAGUUUGGCUGGUUAUAUUUCCCCAGCUGUUGAUGCAGUACCAAUGCCAAGCAAUUCUUCAGUGGUAUCUCAGAAUCAGCCAAGUUUUAAAGAUAAAAAUCCUUUUCAAGUGAAACUUAGAUCCACCUCACUGUCCUUGAAAUAUGAAGACAACUCACCACCAGAAUCAAAAGGGAUUAAAAGAUACAGUGCAGAAUUUAAUUUAGAAAAUGAGGGAUUGCCUUCCUUUCUAAGGGGUGAUAAGGUAGACAUGAGAAAAACAGCCAGUACAAAUAUUGGUGAUUCAUUAAAUGAAAAGAUCAAACCCAAAGCAAAGUCCUCUGAGCAGCUUAGUUGCAAACCUCCAUUGCCGAAAAAGCCAGUGUUGCAAAGCAUAACCAUUCCAAACACUACUGCGAGCAAGGAGAAGCAGGACAAAGCUAUUCACUCUCCUGAAUCCAGAAAUGAAGACAGAGACUUGGAGAAACAGUCAACUGCUUGUAAAGUGCCUGAGAAAAACGUGCCUUUCCCCAUGGCUGCAGGAGACUCUGGAAAAGAUCCUGACAGUCCUACUGAGCCAGCCUGGAUUUCCAUUGCAAGGCAAAAGCAGAGGGGCAUGCAUCAGGAGAAGGAACUCGAGAGAGAAAAGUUCGUGGCUCCAGAUAAUAAGUCAAAUACAGAGAAACAGAAUAAAGGAAAGGAACAAACAGAGGGGCCAGUGAAACAACAAUGGAGUAAACUUUCACACUUGGCACCUAAAACCACUUUUGAAGAGCAGAGGAAAGACACAAAGUCUGAAGCAAAGCCCCUGCUGAGAAUCAAUUCUUUGUCACAUUGUGUCCCUGUAGCACUGGUGGAUAAGGAGGAAAUAAGCCACUUGAAGAAAGCCAGUAAUGCUGUUCCCAAUCAGCCAUCGUGGAUGGAGCUGGCCAAAAAGAAGUCUCAAGCUUGGAGUGAUAUGCCACAGAUUAUAAAAUAGAACGAUGCAGACAAGGAGCAUCUUUCAUAACUACUUGACUGAACUCCUACAGACCAGCAAAUCACAGUGAAGAAUCUCUUGAUACAGAAGAGUUUUAUUAUGCAGCUGUGGAGAAAGUGUGCAAUAGGUGCAGUCAAAAAGUUUACCUUCAAUUUUGUAGCAAUCAGAAUUGCAAUGGCAAUUGAUUACUUAAAUUAUGCUAAGGAUGUACUUACGCUUUGGAAAAUAAAACUUUUGCCUUAUGUA